AUGGAGUCCUUGCAGUCCCGGGGCCCCGGGGACAUGGGUUUCUCCGAGACCCCAGAUGAGCUGGAGUGGAACUUCACCUAUGGGACUCAGGGCGAGGGCAACGGCUCCCUCUCCGGCUUUUGGUACAAUAGGAACCAGACUCACCUCUUUGGUGUAUUGCUGGCAGUUACAGGAAACUUAAUCAUCAGCAUUUCACUCAACAUACAGAAAUAUUCUCACCUUAAGUCAGCACAUCAAGGAAGCCAAAAGCCCUAUUUCCAAAGUAUCUUGUGGUGGUGUGGAAGCCUCCUGAUGGCAAUUGGGGAGAUGGGAAACUUUGCAGCCUAUGGAUUGGCACCUAUUACCCUCAUUGCUCCUUUGGGUUGUGUGUCUAUUUCAGGUAGUGCUAUUAUGUCUGUUACUUUUCUGAAAGAAAAUUUGAGAUCCUCAGACUUACUUGGUGUGACGUUGGCAUCUGCAGGAACAUAUUUAUUGGUGGCUUUUGCUCCGGAUAUAAGUCAGGAUAUCACAGCAAGAAAAGUACAAUAUUAUUUGGUUGGCUGGCAGUUCCUGGCCUAUGUGAUCUUAGAAAUAUUAAUAUUCUGCAUUCUGCUGUAUUUCUAUAAAAGAAAGGAUAUGAAACACAUUGUCAUUUUGUUGACACUUGUGGCACUUCUGGCCUCUAUGACUGUUAUUUCAGUGAAGGCAGUCUCAAGCAUGAUCAUUCUCUCUGUAAAAGGGAAAAUGCAACUAACCUACCCUAUCUUUUAUAUCAUGUUCAUCAUCAUGAUGGCAUCCUGUAUUUUUCAGGUCAAGUUUCUGAACCAAGUGAUGAAGCUCUACAAAACAACAACAGUUAUACCAUUGAAUUACAUGUUCUUCACUACAAGUGCCAUUAUUGCAGGAAUUAUAUUUUAUCAAGAAUUCCUAGGGGCAGCUUUGCUUAGUGCAUUUAUGUACCUUUUUGGGUGUUUUCUGUCCUUUUUUGGAGUGGUUUUGGUCACAAGAAAUCGAGACAAGGAACAUUUACAACAAUCAUAUAUUGAUUUUGGACAAAUUCCUGGGAAACAAAUGUUGGACAAAAUCCAGCCAGAGGCCAAUGGCCAAACCUAUGGAACUUUGCCUGAUGAAAGCAACUCCACGAAGAGCUCAGGCAGAGAGAAGAAAGACAUCUGAAUGCCAAGAGGAACAUUUGUUGGCCUGUUAUUUAAUACUACCUUUAAAGCAAACUGCACAUGUCCUAUUUGUGGCAAAAGUUAUUUUAUGGUGACAUUUGUUCAUAUUGUCUCAGUGUUUCCUGCCUCUCUCCUCUUGGGACAAUCAUGUGCCUGCUCAGCUUUGAGAAACUAAUGCUUUCUGAAAACCGAAAAGUCUAGAAAUGUAAUCUGCAAUUACUUUAAUGCUCCAGACCUCUGACUAGUCAUCAUUUAUUUGUCCUUGUAAAGUUUAAAUACUUCAUAGAUGAGUGUUUGUGUGUGUUCGGAUAUGUGUGUAUACAUAUGCAGGUGCAUCCUAUUUCAUAUUCAAACCAAAUGUAUUUGGGAGGAAUCAGUUUCUCUACUUUAUAAUCACUUCUUCUUACCUACUCCUGACAUACUUCUAAGAAAAAGAGGCUUUAUACCAUUUCUUUUUAUGAGGGAGAAUUAUUUAAAGCAUACUAAUAAAGAACUAAUCCUUGGAGUCCUAGAUUAGUUCGGUGAAUCAUCUUUUCUAAAAAUCAAAGCUUUUGCAGUCAUCCUUUGAAAAUUAAGGGCCUUUUGUAGACUGGAAUUUUUUUUUCAGCAGUACACUCUAAUUAUGGACCUCAAAGCUUAAUAUCCUUGGCUGGUUUAUUUAAAAAAAAAAAAAACAAUGCCCUAUUUAAAAUAGGAAAGUUUUAAUAGAAAAGCAUACUCUAUAAAGUUAAGUUAUGAUAAUCACUGAUAUUUAUAUGUACUUUCAAGUUUGCAAAUCGCUUUCCAUAAAUUAUCUCAUCUUAACCUCAUAAGAACUUUGUGAGGUAGGUAGGUAGGUACCUAUUUUAUAGGUACAUAAUAUCCCUAUUUUUAUAGAUGAGGAAAUUGAAGCUCAGAAAGGUUAAAUGUCAGAGGCGGGAUCUUAGCUGUGUCCAAAUCCAGUCUUCCAUCUAUUUUGUUGUACUGCUGAAUUUUCCUACAAAAAAAAUUAAGAAUUUAAAAGUCCAGAUUCUUCUAGCUCUGAUGCUUUGAUGUAAUAAUUGAGCUUGAAGAAAAAUCUUUAUAUGUUAUAUACAUAUAUUUGCCUUUCAUCAUGAUGUCUUUGACAGAUUGUACAAUCCAGUUUUUUUUUAAUCAGCAAAGAUGUCAGAAUUCCUAUUCAAAUUAUUAGUAAUAUUCUCAGCUGCCAUGUGCUGUUUUUAUUGCAGGUAAUUAGUUCAGAGAUUUUGAAUGCCUUUCUAGGUAAAGAGAGACUUACACUGUUGAAGAGUUGAAUUUUAACUGAAUUUUAACCUAUACCUAAUUAUGGGAAGAGCCUAUAAAUGAGUUAUAACUUUCCAGAGUUCAUAAGCAGAAAACAGACUGAGGCAGGAAUUCUGUGACAGAUCACCUUUUGAUCACAUUUACUUCCAUGCAAAAUUGAUUUGUAGUGUGUCACACAUGAAUUGAGUUGAACAAGCAUUUCUUAAACAUUUUUCUUACUAUGCACAAAACAUCAUGCCUGGUUCUAUAGAGAGGAUACUUUGAUGAGUAUAAUCAUCUAGACCUUUAAGUAACUCAAAAUCUAGUAGGUAAGGAAUAAAUUACCGUUGUUUCAUUUCA